AUGCUUUAUAUAAUAGGCUUAGGUUUAUGUGACGAAACAGACAUUACUGUUAAAGGCCUCGAAGCAAUAAAAUCAUGUGAAAAAGUGUAUUUAGAAGCCUAUACAAGCAUUUUAAUGGUUUCCAAAGAAAACUUGGAAAGGUUUUAUGGAAAAGAAUUAAUAAUUGCAGAUAGAGAAAUGGUGGAAUCGCAAAGCGAUGAAAUAUUAUUGAAUGCAGAUUCUUUAAAUAUAGCGUUUUUGGUAGUCGGAGAUCCUUUUGGUGCAACUACACAUACAGAUUUAGUGAUACGAGCCCGAGAGUUAAACAUUCCUGUCACAGUAAUUCAUAAUGCAUCGAUUAUGAAUGCUAUUGGUGCUUGCGGAUUACAAUUAUAUAAUUUUGGUCAAACCAUCUCUAUACCAUUUUUCACCGAUACGUGGAAACCAGAUAGUUUUUAUGAUCGUAUUAAAGAAAAUAGAGAUUUGGGAUUACACACGUUGUGCUUAUUGGUAAAAGAACAAACUAUAGAAAAUUUGGCAAGGGGCAAGAAAAUUUAUGAACCACCUCGUUACAUGACUAUCAAUAAAGCAAUUCAACAACUCUUUGAAAUUGAAGAAACUCGUAAACAAGAAAUUUACACACCCGAAUCACUAGCAAUUGGUAUAGUUCGUCUUGGUUCUUUAACAGACCAACAAAUUAAAGUUGGUACAUUAAAUCAAUUAUUGACACAAGAUUUUGGACCACCAUUGCAUUCAUUGGUCAUCGUUGGUUCUAGAGUUCAUGUUCUUGAAAUUGAUUUCAUGAGAUUUUUUGCAGUUGAUAAACAAGUAUAUAAUGAAAUUGUAAAAAAGGAUUAUGAUAUAUAA